AAUUUUCGAUUGAAGUUUACAAUUUACAAUUUGCAAAAUCAAUAUACCAACAUAUAUCAAUAUUGUUUUUCUACAGAUUUAAUUUUUCUUUUACUCUCAUGUAGUUAUAUUUCCUAGGAUAGGUAACAUUUUUCUUGGCGUGUGGCCCCGAGUGGCAGCCCUUGCCCAUGGCAAUUGUUAAUAUUCAUUAGCUUAAAAUCCUUUUCUCGAGUUCUUGCCAUUUCGCAGUUGAGCAGCAGGAGCUGCCACUCCAAAGCGCCGUCUUAAAAGGGGAAAUCCGGUUUUUUGGGCAGGGAAAAUGCCCGGUGCUCGAAAAUUGUUGCCACGUUUUCAAUUCCAAUUCCAACUCAAUGCCGGGCAUUAAUCGCUAUCACAAACGACGAUGGCCAGGACGAAAACGAUGGCAACGGCAAUGCCAAUGCCAAUGGCGUUGGCCAGGACGUGCAGACAAUUUUUCAUUUGGGCCAGCUCAAGUGCAUUUCUCAUUGGUUGAAAUUUGCAAAUGAAUGAAUGAUGGAUAUAUUUACGUAUACUGGAUCUAUUCAGCAUCUACAGGAUCUACUUGAAGCGCAUAAUUGUGGGCGAUUAUUAAUGACUUUCGCGAUGGCUUGCGAAUGACCCAAAAAGGUUACGGUUUCAUUUAUACAUUUUUAUGACGAUUUGAUGAUGCUCAUGCUCUCGGCACUUUUAGAAUAUUUAUUAUUUAUUUCUGAAUUUUUAUUUUCGGAUUUUAUUAUGUCAAAGUCAAAGAGCUCGUGGAAAACGAGGGUGGGUGGGUGUCGAAUGCAAAGUGUCAUUAUUGAAAUACGUACAGAUAUUUCAAGGUUUUUAUCGAUUUUGUCAAUGGGGCCACAUCGAGAGUGAGGUGCUGACGAUGGCAAGAGCAUGAGUCUCCUCCCCGGAAUCUCAAUCCCACUUCCAUUUCCAAGUCCAAGUUCGGGCCAUUGACGACAGUUUGCCUUUCAUUAGCCGAGUAUUUUCCCGCUUUUCUGCUUUUCUGCUUUUCCGCUAUCCCGCUCCACCACCCACACUCUACAUACCCAUGCCUUUCCACCUUCUCGCUUUUGCCGGCAAAGUCCAGACCUCUUCAAAGGCAGUCGACAUCGAAAUUAAUCACAUUUGAAUUGAAAUUGCGUUUCAAGUUCUGUUACGUCUUGCUUGGUUUCGUUUUAUUCGGUUUGGCCGUGUUUUCGGUCGCUCGUUAUUUCUGUGGUCACUCAUAUUUGGUAUCAAACGAUUCUAAUUAGAGAUGAUUGCCAUUGCCUUUUUUUUCGGCUCUCGGUUGUGGCGUGGGCUAAAAUUGUUUUGAAUUUUAAGCAUAUCAUAGACAAAGGGUUGCAUACUGAUUGCCUUUUAACUUCAGAGAUUGCAAUGCCAAAAUGUUCGGAUCAACUUUUCUGGAGCCUGUUUUUUAUUCAACAAAAAUGUAUAUAUUGAGUGAUGAAAAUCAUAAAUCUCAUUGUGAAAAUGGCUUUGCCAAACUGAAUUCCAAGGCGACAAAGUGCAGAACUGCACAUAAAUAAACGUAUGCAUUCAAACAAAUUUCCUCGUAAAUUUUGAAUUUUAGGAAAUGCGAACCAUUUAUAUUGUCUUAAUCCAUUGGCCUUCGGUGCAGCUUAAACAGACUUUUUAGAUGUUUGACAACCUAUUAGCACAAAGCCAUUGACUUCCAUCUAAAUUCGUUUCGCUAAAUUUCAUUUUCGCUUUUUAUUCUUGUCGAAGGAAAAGAGGCGAUUGUGAUGUAUUAAGACUGCAGUUAGUAAAAUUGAUUUGCAAUUCAAUUUUGCAACUUUGACAAAGCGCGCAUAUUUUCUUGACCCUCUCAUUUUCUUGCCCACCAUUUCUUCGUUUACUUGUCUUCCAUUUUCCUGAUGAAUUCUCGACAUAAUUGCUGGCGUUAAAAGACUUUUAAACUCAAAAUUGCACUUUCAUCUAAUUGGAGAUUUAUUUUUUUUAAAUUUAACAGUGUUUUUUUCAUUUUAUUGAGGGUAGUUAUUUGAUUUUUAUAAUUAAUAAUGUGUGCUAGGAUACACACCCACACAUACGGACACGCUACAUUUAACAGUAAAUCAAGUGUGGAUGCCAAAAUUUUAGUAAUGCGUAAAAAACAGAGCACAAAACGCGCACAAUUCGCGCACAAAACGCGGACAAAACGCGCAUAAAUCGGUGUCAAGGGAGCGACGGCAAAAAAAGGAUAUUAGAUAGAAAGUUGCUUAGACUUUGGCAAUCGACAUGGAAAAUCUGCAAACCUACAAUUUGCCAGGCCAAUAACAUGCCCUUGUAGUAUUAAAAAAAAGCCACGCAUUCAGGGAGAAAAAAAAACAGAGAAAAACAAGUCACAGUUUUCUGUAUGAAUAUUCAUCUGAUAAGAAUUUAAUUACAAUGCACAUAAACAAAAUGUAUACAAAUGUAUUAAUCACACACGCACACCUAUGGGCAAUGGCAGUUGCCGUGCGCUAGAGCGAGACAGCAAGCCGGGGAGAGCGGGAGGGGCAACUUCAUAUCCAAAUAAGGUCCCGGUCAAAGUUUUAUUUUAUUCACUAAGUCUGGAGAAUUUUAAAUACUCUUUAAAUUCCGAAUAUACGCCGUAAAGAAAUGUUUUUAAAAAUAAAUUAUUUUUAAUUUAAGGAAAUUAUUUUAAAGAUAAACCAUACAUGUUAUAUUCUUUUUCUUGUGUAAUAUUUAGUUGUUUUAUGAACUUUUUAAUUACAAAAUAAAUUUACAGUCCUAGGUGAGCCUGUAAAUUUCACUUUAUAUAGAAUUUUAAGUGUUUCUUUUGGUUAAGUGGGGUUUAGAAGCUGGGCUUUUGAAAUAGUAAAAAAUAGCAAAUAAAAACAGCAACGAUAUGCCAAUAAAAAAUGCAUUAUAAAUAAAAAAUGUUAUUUUAUCCCCGUUGUUUUUUUUUGGGUGACCCAGUUCCAUCUAAGUUUGAAAGUACCCCCCAUAAAAUGAGUGAAUUAGGGUAUGAAAUCGUAUAAUAAUAAGCCAAACCCAAAACAGAAUCUCCGGGCAAUCUUUUUGCGCCAUAAUGACAGCCGCAGACACGAAAACGGACAGCAGCAGAAAUAGGGGCAAAAACCGAUUCAGAACCAGAAUCAGCGACCGAAUCAGAGUCACAGAAAUCGAAAUCCGUAUCGGGAUCGGGACUGCGACUCAAUUUAGAGCUGAAUGCAAAUAAGCUGCAAAAAAAAAAACGAAAAAGAAAAAGAAAAAAUUCCAACAAAAAUUCUACAGACCAUACAGCGAAUGUGUAAUGAAGUGAAGUGAAAUGCAAAAAGCGUGCAAAACGAAAAGCUAAGGUGAAAGGGAACGGAUGUGGAAAAAUAAGUCACUGUAAAGACCAUGUUCAUAUCUUAUUUGAACUGCGACGCCAGCAGCAACAACAGCAGCAGCUUCGCAUACAGCAAUAGCAAUAGCAAUAGCAACAGCAACUACAGAAGCAGCAGCAGCAGCGACAAUAGCAGCAACAUCAACAACAGCAGAAGCAGCAACAACAAGAGUACCUGUGAUUAUUGCUGCAACUGCAACAUCUGUAGUAAUAACAUUAGCAGCAACACCAAUUGCCAGAACAAAUCUGGCAACAGCAACAAUAACCGAAUUUCCAACUGUAAUUGCAGCAUUUGCAACAAUUUCAACUGCAGCAGCAGCAAUAACAACAAGACAUCUAGUAGAAGCAACAGCAACUACAGCGAGCACUGCAAUUGCAAUUGCAAUAUCUGCAACAAUAUUAACUGCAGCAGCAGCAAUUGCCCCUGCAGCAGAAGCAACACCCCCGCAGCAAUAUUCGGCAUGGAGCGAUUGCUGCACGCCGUUCGCGAGGAGUUCCAAACGGAGGACGAAUACGAGGCGGAGGUGGACGAUGAUGGGGGCCACACGACGCACAGGAGCAGCAUCAGCAGCUGUUGCAGUAGCAACAGCAACAGCAGCUGUAGCAGCAACUGCAGCAGUAGCAGCAAUAGCAACAGCAAUAGCAUCAACAGCAACAGUGACGGCAGCAGCACAUCGGCGUCGCAGUUGCUGCCGGCGCCAAGACGUCGACUGCAGCGCAGCGAUAGUUUUGGAUCAGUUGGGGGCGGUGUUGGUAUGGGGGGCGUGGCAGGAGCGGGGGCGACGGGAACGGUAGUGGGAGGAGUGAGGCGCUUUCGCCGCUCCUCAAUCGGCAUGCAGCGGAAGUCGGCCUUCCGGCAGCGGAAGCUCGACUCUUUGGGGGCGUGGCGCCGGAAGAGCAGGCGUACUGCUUCGGCGAGCAAUUCCCGGAGACCGAUACGAAUUGUGCCCGACUGGACGGAGAAUGCGGUGCAGGGCGAGCACUACUGGAAGCCCACCUCGGCCUCCGGCGAUCUUUGCUGCCUGAAUGAGGACUGCAUUAAAAGCGGCCAGCGGAUGAAGUGCUCGGCCUGCCAGCUGGUUGCCCACCACAACUGCAUUCCGAUCGUGAACGACAAGAGCGCGCUGGCGUGUAAGCCAACCUACCGGGAUGUGGGCAUCCGGCAGUACCGGGAGCAGACCACCACGCACCACCACUGGGUGCACCGCAAGCUGGAGAAGGGCAAGUGCAAGCAAUGCGGCAAGUUCUUUCCUAUGAAGCAGGCGGUGCAAAGCAAGCUAUUUGGGUCGAAGGAGAUUGUGGCGUUGGCCUGUGCGUGGUGCCACGAGAUCUACCACAACAAGGAGGCCUGUUUCAACCAGGCCAAAAUUGGCGAGGAGUGUCGUCUUGGCAACUAUGCGCCCAUCAUUGUGCCGCCUUCGUGGAUUGUGAAGCUGCCGACCAAGGGCAACUUCAAGUCCUCGAUACGCGUGAGCAACAAGAACAAUGCGGCUUCCGGUUCGGGGGGCGUUGGCGCAGGGGGCGGCGGGGCCGGCGGAGGCGGGGCUGGAGGCGGUGGGGGCGGGGGCAAGAGCAAGAAGCAGACGCAACGGCGGCAGAAGGGCAAGGAGGAGAAGAAGGAGCCGCGGGCGUUCAUUGUUAAGCCCAUUCCGUCGCCGGAGGUAAUCCCGGUCAUUGUGUUUAUAAACCCAAAGUCGGGCGGCAAUCAGGGCCACAAGCUGCUGGGCAAGUUCCAGCACCUGCUCAAUCCGCGCCAGGUGUUCGAUUUGACGCAGGGCGGCCCCAAAAUGGGCUUGGACAUGUUUCGCAAGGCGCCCAACCUGAGGGUCCUGGCCUGCGGAGGCGACGGCACCGUCGGCUGGGUCCUGUCCGUCCUGGAUCAAAUCCAGCCGCCACUCCUGCCGGCUCCGGCAGUUGGUGUCCUGCCCUUGGGCACCGGCAAUGAUCUCGCUCGCGCUCUCGGCUGGGGAGGGUCUAUCUUCUUUCAGGGCUACACGGACGAGCCGAUUGGGAAGGUUCUGCGCGAGAUCGGGAUGUCGCAGUGCGUACUGAUGGACCGCUGGCGGGUCAAGGUCACGCCCAACGAUGACGUCACCGACGACCACGUGGACCGCAGCAAGGCGAACGUCCCGCUGAACGUCAUCAACAACUACUUCUCCUUCGGCGUGGACGCCCACAUCGCCCUGGAAUUCCAUGAGGCCCGCGAGGCGCAUCCGGAGCGCUUCAAUUCGCGCCUACGCAACAAGAUGUACUACGGCCAGAUGGGCGGCAAGGACCUCAUCCUGCGCCAGUACCGCAACCUCUCCCAGUGGGUGACGCUUGAGUGCGACGGCCAGGACUUCACCGGUCGUUUAAGGGACGCCGGCUGCCACGCCGUCCUCUUCCUGAACAUUCCCAGUUAUGGCGGUGGCACCCAUCCGUGGAACGACUCGUUCGGCGCCUCAAAGCCAUCGAUCGACGACGGCCUGAUGGAGGUGGUGGGCCUGACCACCUACCAGCUGCCCAUGCUGCAGGCGGGGAUGCACGGCACCUGCAUCUGCCAGUGCCGGAAGGCGAGGAUCAUCACCAAGCGGACCAUUCCCAUGCAGGUGGACGGCGAGGCGUGCCGGGUGAAGCCCUCGGUGAUCGAGAUCGAGCUGCUCAACAAGGCGCUGAUGCUGUCCAAACGGAAGCACGGACGCGGCGAUGUCCAGGUAAAUCCGCUGGAGAAGAUGCAGCUGCACAUUUUGCGGGUGACCAUGCAACAGUACGAGCAGUACCACUAUGAGAAGGAGAUGCUCCGCAAGUUGGCCAACAAACUGGGCCAAAUCGAUAUCGAAUCGCAGUGCGAUCUGGAGCAUGUGCGCAACAUGCUAAACACCAAGUUCGAGGAAUCCAUCUCCUAUCCGAAGGUCUCCCAGGAUUGGUGCUUCAUCGAUGCCUGCACCGCGGAGCACUACUUCCGCAUCGACCGUGCCCAGGAGCACCUGCACUACAUCUGCGACAUCGCCAUCGACGAGCUGUACAUCCUGGACCACGAGGCGGCCACGAUGCCGCAGACGCCCGACCAGGAGCGCUCCUUUGCGGCCUUCUCGCAGCGGCAGGCCCAAAACGAGCGGCGCCAGAUGGACCAGGCCCAGGGCCGCGGCCCGGGCAGCACCGAUGAGGAUUUGCAAAUUGGCUCCAAGCCCAUUAAAGUGAUGAAGUGGAAGAGCAACAAAGAUCGUUUAUUCAGUUUCAACGAAGAUGUUUUUGGUUGUGGAUUCAGCCCUAUACUGGAGCAAACUUCCGAUGCCAUACUACUAGCAGCCCAGAGCGGCGAUCUCAAUAUGUUACGUGCACUACAUGAACAAGGAUACUCACUGCAGUCAGUGAACAAGAACGGACAGACGGCGUUGCACUUCGCCUGCAAAUACAACCACAGGGACAUUGUCAAAUACAUCAUCGCGAGCGCCACACGCCGCGUCAUCAACAUGGCCGACAAGGAGCUUGGACAGACGGCGCUCCACAUUGCUGCCGAGCAGAAUCGUCGCGACAUCUGCGUAAUGCUGGUGGCCGCCGGCGCCCAUCUGGACACCCUCGACUCCGGCGGCAACACGCCCAUGAUGGUGGCCUUCAACAAAAACGCCAACGAGAUAGCCACGUAUUUGGAAAGUAAGCUGGCGACCCAGACCCUCGACGGCUGGUUCGACGACUAGACCACGAAUCCGACCGAUUUCGCCGCAGGUUCCCGCCAUGUAGAGCUAUCGCUAGACAAGCUUUCGCCGUGGGGCUAACUCACGACGAUACACCAGACUAAACGAAACGAUCAUAUAAACCAGAAAAUCAGUUAAUCAGUUAUCACAUAAGCCAGAUAAUCAGUAAAUCACUUAUCCAAAUCAAGAACAAGUAAAUUUAACAUUGCAAAUUUCUCCUUUCUAUGCCAACAACAACAACAACAACAACAAAAACAAAAACCAACAACCAAAUGGAAAAUGUCUUGUAAAUAACUCAAACUACCUAAUCAAAUCAAACGAAAUCAAAUCAAAUUAAAUCAAAUCAACAUUCCACGAAAACACAUCGGUUCCGCUUAGGUCAAGAGCGUUUUAUGCAUCUGGAGGUGCAGACCCGGAUCUAAGUGGAGCAUUCAGCGGAAGCAUUCACCCUACGACAUAAUUAAUAAUGAUAAUGGCUUUUUUUUCGUAACUUUUUUUUUUGUGUUAGCAUGUACGAGAAAAAUCUAAUUUAAUCUAAGCAAAGAAAAUACAUACACACAUACACAAAAAGAGGAAAAAAAAAAGAACACUCAACACUUUUAGUGCGUAAGAGAACGAUGGUAUGGAUUAAUUAAUUUAUUGUAAAGAAAAGCUAGCAAAACGAAAGGCAACAAUUGUCCUAGAUUUCAAUUUUUAAUUACCUUACAAAAGAACGAACAAAAAAAAUUACAUAUAUUAAAAAGGCAGCAAAUGCAAAUGGAAAUACGAAAUUUAUUUGUUUCACUUACCGAUUGAUUAACGAUUAAUGAUUAUAUUGUGAUAUCUAAAUUAAUUGAUAUAUUGGACUAGAGAGCUUGAAUGAGGGCAAAUUGAAAUUGAUAUUAGCAAAGGUCAUUUUGCUGUAUUACUAAAUAACACGAAAAACGAUUAAAAAGAAAAGAAAAACCAAAAAAAACACACACACACACAGAGACAUACUAAUCAAAUAUUUAGCAUAUAUAUUAUAUAUAUUUAAUUAUACCAUAUGUACUUCUUUUGGAAUUCAAUCUAGGUUAAGUGAGAACUUGAAUACUCUUGUCUAAAACAAAAAAAAAAAAAAUAGGAAGAAAAACGGCAAAGCAGCAGCACGAUUAGAAGAGAGACGCACUAUACCCUAAGCGGCUAUAGCUCUCUCGCUUAGACACAGAGACACACACACUUACACUUACACACAGACACACACAGUCCCGAUGCACAGACUAGGAUGCACAACCCGCAUAGAUAUACCACCCACUUCAACAUCACCCCCAAAAAAACCCUCAGCGUUUCAAACCGAAAGACUUGGGCCGAUCAUCUAUGGCGUCCCCCCAAACAAGGUCCCCUGCCCCAAAAAAAAACAACAAAGACUAGUCGUUAGGGCGCGGCAGGGACCCACAAAGACUAUCUUAACUAACUCUUUAUACUAUAUUCCGUACUCCUUAACUUUAAAAGCCCGUAACACUAUGAACACGAGCCUCAGUGGCGUAAUACGAAACACUCUUAGUAUUAGACUCAUGCAUAUUUUAUCGAAAUACCAAGUAGUUAUGGAACACUACAAUAUUAUAUAGCCGUUAAUCAAACCAUAUGUGUAUGCUAUGUACAGUAGAGAACUAUAUUUGUUUUUGUUUUGUUUGUUUUAUUUGCUUAGAUUCCAAAUUCCGAAUUAUAUAUAAAUGUAAUUACAUUGUCGAGUCAAUUACGUUUACCACGGUUCCCAUUAACCAUUUUUCGGCUUGGCUAACAUUUACGAUUAUAGCGAUAAUAACGAUAAGCGAUAAGUCUCACUAUCGAUUAAUUAGGCACCAGAGAAAGAGAGAGAGAGAGAGAGAGAGAGAGAGCGAUUGAUUAGGUAUCGAUCACCUUUACGAGGCUCGGUCGAAUGCAGCCCUGUCCCCCCGUCCAAUCGCUGCGGAUUGAUUCGUGGAAAACCAUGGCUCUGGCUUUCGGAAAACCGUAGUGAUUACGGACCCAUGGGGGCCAUCGCCAGCAUUCCACCCAUCCCGCCCCGUGAGCCACUUCCGGUUUGGGAGGUGCGCUUCCGGCGUGGGUAAUCAUGUUUUGGAUUGCACAUUUCAAAAAAUAAGAAAAAAAAAAUACAGAAGUUAUUUACACACAUCGUAGACUGUCGCAGAUGGUGUUGAAGUGUCGCGUCGAACGAUUUGGAUUCCGGCAUUGCGGGAUCCCGGGCAUGCAGCCUUUACGCCCCAUAAGACGUGCCACCCAUUGGGCAACCGGAAUCCAAAAUCGUAACACCAAUCUACACCGCCUGCGGCAACUAAUGAAUUCUUUAGCUGCGGUCAAAAUAACACUGGUGCUCUAUUUCAUUGGAAUUGAAUUGAAAUUGAUAAACGAAAAACCAGAAACUUACAUUUUGUUUCUUAGUUUCCAAAGUUUUAUUUUGUCCAUUUUGUUUUAUCAAUAAAAAUUGCUUUGCCAAAAAAGUACAUUUUCAAUUUAUAAAUAGAUUCAUUUGUUGCUUUCUUAUAUAUAUAUAUAUUUCUAACAAGACAAUUUCUUGUCUUCGUUAGAAAGUAUUUUUAACUGAUUAACAAUUUUUAUUAAAGUUAUUUGCUGUUUAAAUAAAAUCUCAGAGGCAUUAAAAGAUUUGUUAUAUUUAUUUUAAUUACAAUUCAUUUAAAAUAAUAAUUUUUUGACAAUAUUGUAGCAGUUUUUAACAACUUUUUAAAGAUUUAAUGUAAUCAUCCUUUGUUCGCAUGUUUUCAUUAAAUUAUUAUAAAUUAUUUGUUUUAAAUUCAUCUUGAAAAAUAUAGUGCAUAUUUUUGUGUUUUUAAUCCAUUUUCCUUUUAUAGUUCCUAAAAUAUUUUUGAGCACCACCAUAAAUGCGGCCGCAACUGAAAAUUCAUAUGCAGUAGAGCAGAGUUGAGUAAGGAAUAUUUAGCAAAAGACAAUCUAGAGAUUUUGUAGCAAAUGAGCCGAGCAGAUGGCCGAAGAGCGUUUGCUAUCCCCCCUAAACCAUUUACUAUGAACUAUGAAUAUAAACAGGAAAAACUUAAACUACACUUUUCAAACAGUAAUCGAUAAUCGAUAGGAAACUCAAAGAGAAACCGUAACUCUGAAACGAUUUGGUUAGUUUUCGCAACUUGCUAUUUACACAAAGCUUCAAGAUGAAAUUGUAGUCGAAGGAUUUACGCGGGAAUGCGGAAUAGGUUAGUGUCACCAAGGAGAGCGCUAUCUAUCGAUCUAGACAAGCUAAAUGCUAAAUGAUACAUGAUACAUGAUGAGUACCGAUUAAGAUGAGGGCUAGAAUGCUAGAAUGCAAGAAAAUGGCUAGCCAAGUGCACUCCGAUGCACUGUCACAGCUGUUCGGAGAACAACCGGGUCCAAGCCAACACUAUGGAUAUAUUUUCGUGCAUUUUGUAGAAGUUGAUAACCCACAAGACACUGACACAAGGACACACCUCACUGGACACCACACACAGAUACAGGACACAGAGGACACGCUAAAGUGGAGGCACUUACUGCAUGAUGUGUAUAUAGGGACAACAUAUAGAUGCUAUAUAUAUAGUAUAUAUUUUUUUCGAAUCGUUUAAGUGAAACUUUUGAACAAAAUAUGGAAAAAUGAAACGCAAGUCUUAUGAAAUUCUAGCAAGUAAGGCAACCAAAAAUUGUAAAGGUCAAGAUACAGAUACAGAUACAGAUGCAGAUAAGGAUGGAGGAACGAUAUACCUAAAACAAUGCCUAACUGUACGAUAGUAAGCAUACAAUAUGAUGAUAUAUAUUAAUAUAUUGAUAACGUAAUAAAGCGGAAUAUAUGUGUACAAGUAAUCGAUUUAUUUACACCUAUAAAUCCCUGUAAAUACACGAACUUUCCACUCCAAAACACUCCGCGACUCUGAGGUUUAUUUUCGAUCCUCGCUCGCCCCGAAACUUUGGACAGACAACGACUUCGGAUUCUCCCUUCCACCUGGAUUUACACUAUAUAUUUAGUUAUUAACUUACGCAAGUCUGAAAGUAUUUCUAUCGAAGAGUUCUAAACUGCUUAACUGUAAAGUGUACAUAUACCGAAUUACAACCAAACUCACAAGUCCUUCAAACUAUAUAGAAACGUAAGAAACUUCCCACACUGAAGAUAAUGCCCUCUUAUUGUGUAUGUAUAUGCCUAUAUAAUAUAUAUACUUACUUUUUUUGGAUUAGUCACUAAGCAUAGACAACAUGAAUUACUAAGUACGAUAUGCACUGCAAGCACUGAGGAAUUUGAUUCAAUUUUACUUAAGACAAACGAAAAGAGAAAUUGAAAUAGCAUUUAGCAAACCUUAAGGAAAACCAAAAGAAAAAUCUCCAAAUUAUGGAAUAACGAUUAAAAAUUUAAAAAUUAAUUUUUCGAGCUACAUCGGUAGACAAAAAAGGACUAAAAACUGGAUUCGCUUAAGGCAAUUGUGUGGGAAAGUCGAGAACGUUUAGAAUCUGGAAUGACUUUGCAGCAUUCGUAACUUAUAUACUUAGACACCUAAUACCCUACACCACACGGAAACACACACACACACACGAAUAUUUAAUAGAUGUACAAUAGUUAUAUAAACUCAUUCGCAUCGAUACCCUAAAACCAUAGUCUAUCCUGUAAUACUCUCACCCAAAAUUGUACUUUUCGGAUCCGCAAACAACAGAAUAAGUUAUUUUUAGUCACCACUGCAAAAUUCAAGAAUUGUAAAAUAAUAUACACUUUAAGCUAGCGAAUCCCAAAUAUUGGACAACCGAUCGAAAUCAUCCACAAAAUUGCUUAUAAAAUGAAUUUUCUGACUCUCUCCUAAGAGAAAAUAAAUUUUUUUUGGUAUUUCAAACUCAA